AUGGAUGAUGGCAGCUUGUAUCGAAACAACCUUCCUUUUCGGUCAAUUGAAAAGGAUUCCAAGGCUUCUGCAAAACGAGACUAUGAGCAAGAACAAGACGAGUCUCUCUCUUCCUCAGGCAAGCGACGUCGAGUUCAACAUGGACCAGCACCAACCAAGAAAGGCGAUGCUGAAGGAAAGCCAAGAAGACCCCUUUCUUCCUCCCCACGAAAUGUAGCGGCUCGUUUGCAACGCGAAGAACUCGCCAACAGUCUCGCUACUUUGAAAGCCGAGCUGCCGCCUUACCCUACUAACCGGACUCAAGUUCGUGUGUUGGAGGAUGCCGUUGGAUACAUUCAAAAGCUCAAACGCCUAUAUAGGGCAGGUGUAUACCUUGGGUAUGUGUGCAUCUGCAUGCAGGGCGGUGUCAAAGUUCGAGAACGUCGUCGACGAGCCAGAGAACGAGAGCGUUUAGAACGUGAUCAGCAGCAGCAGCUACAACAGCCAUCAUCAUCAUGUACUCGAGAUGUCUAUCAGCCACCACAACAACAUCAUCAUUCAUCACAUCCUCGAGAUGCCUAUCUGCAUCAGCAACAACCUCCUUCACCGUCAUCACGUCCACGAGAUGAUUAUGAUCAGCAACAACAACAACCCCCUUCAACAUCAUCACCAACCCAUAUCUUUACCUUGCCCAUCUCAUGGAGAAGGCUCUUUAAAGGUAACGAGCAAGUAGUGGUUUUUGGUGGUUAUUUGAAACUGAUUUUCGAAGCUGCAGUGAACGCUCGCCUUCAAGUGACUCAACUUGCACGAAGUGAUACAUCAAAAGAUGGUGAUCAAAAACACGCAUCCACAUGGCUUCGUCGUGCAUCGUCAACAAGCAACAACGUCAACACAUGA